AUGCCGCCCAGGCGAUCAAACCGCAAGUCGACGGUCAGCGUUGUCAACGACGUCGCCCCUGCACCUUCGCCUUCGCGCGCAGCAACAUUGGUAGAUUCUACAACCACCGACAGUCGCCACAGGCAACAGCGCACUCGCUCCACUCGUUCUUUUGUACCUAAUUCUUCCGAUCAAGAGGAAGAAUCGCACGACAUUGAGGAGCCCGAAGAACAAACCCACGUUCGCCGUGUUCUCAAGGAGGUUUCAAUCCCCGUCAUGAAGUCUAAGAAGGCGCCUCAAGCAGGCGGACGUCUCGCAAGGCUUAACGCACAACAAGCUGAACAGGAGAGCUCGACUGACUCACCUUCUUUGGAGAAUUCAGACGCUGAGACACCGGGAACAAGCAUUGCGACAACGCCAGCGGCCUCUGUCAGUCGUGGCAAGAGGUCUACGCGCAAGGGGAAGAAAGCUCCUACGCCCUCGCAAAGCACCUCUUCCGGCCUCAAAAGAUCGCGCAAUGCCGUACCAGAUUCAGAAUCGGAAGAUAUAGCCCUCGACAUGGACGCCGAAAUCGCCCUACAAAUGCAGCUGGAGGACGAAAUGGACGUGGUAUCACACAAGCGCCGCAAGAUCAAGGACGAAGAGGACAUCGACAUGCUCUCUGAGGAUGAGCCGUUGAUAAAGUCGACGCGGAAGAGAGUGCCUUCGUAUACCGGCAAGGGCAAGGGAAAAGCCAAGGCUGAAGACCUUCACGGCGAGGCAGAUUCAUUGUUGGACGAGCUGAGUUCGCCACCACCAUACAAAGGCAAGGGCAAAGGCAAGGCUGAAGAGGUCUCGAGCAAGCGCCGUCGCUCUGUUCGCUCCAGUGCUAAGAAGGUGGGCAAGUUCACAGAAGACGACAUGUUGGAUGAUGACGAGUCUGAUGGCGGUGAAUUCCAUCUUGAAUCUGACGACGAGUCGGUAAACGAUGUUGAUUCGGCGCCACCCACCGAUUGUGAGGACAGCGACCUACCUCUUGCGAUGAGUUCACGCCUUAAGAAGCUUGUUGCAGAGAAUCCAACAAAGGUCGCUCGUAAGAAGAAGCUUACAGCUAAAGACAAGACCGAAGCAAACCGCCGGCGGGCUAGAUUCGCACACAUUGCGGAUAAGUGGGAGCGCAAGCGUGCCAUGAACCGUGAGCGAGCAGAGCAGCAGCACCCAAAGCUGAUCACCAUGUGGGAUGACCUGCAAAAGAUUCCAGUUCUCGAAGUCCAAAAGGCCGAGCAACCAAAGUCCAUCAACCGCCGACUCAAACCUUUUCAGCUUGAGGGGCUUAGUUGGAUGAUACGCCAAGAACAGACUCACUACAAAGGCGGUCUGCUUGGAGAUGAGAUGGGCAUGGGAAAAACUAUCCAGGCUGUCUCUUUGAUCAUGUCUGAUUACCCUGCGAAGCAACCUACACUAGUCUGCGUUCCUCCAGUCGCUCUCAUGCAGUGGUCGAACGAGAUUCGCGAGUACACCGACAACAAGCUCAAGGUUCUCGUGUAUCAUGGCACGAAUGCAAAAUGCAAGAAGAUGACAGUGAAGGAGCUGAAGUCGUAUGACGUCAUCAUGGUUUCCUACAACUCCUUGGAGUCAUUGCACCGCAAAGAGACCAAGGGAUGGUCCCGUGGAGAGGAUAUAAUCAAAGAAGCAUCGCCACUCCAUGCUAUCCACUACCACCGUCUUAUCUUGGACGAAGCGCACAGCAUCAAGUCUCGCAACACGGGUGUAGCGAAAGCCUGCUUUGCGCUGACUAGUAACUACAAGUGGUGUCUGUCUGGAACGCCAGUUCAGAAUCGUAUUGGAGAGUUCUUUUCGCUUCUCCGUUUCCUAGAAGUCCGUCCGUUUGCAGACUACUUCUGCCGCUCCUGCGAUUGCGAGAAACUGCACUGGGCUACUGAUGACGAUCACAUGUGCGUUGCUUGCAACCACGGUGCAUCUGAGCACAUUUCGGUGUUCAAUCAGGAGCUGCUAAACCCCAUCACAGGAGAUGAUGUCCAGCUUCGUGAGGAAGCCUUGACAAAGCUUCAUCUGAUCACCGCUCGCAUCAUGUUGCGACGCAUGAAGCGUGACCACACAAGCUCGAUGGAGCUGCCGAUGAAGGACAUUAUUAUUCAUAAUGAGUUCUUCAGCGAGGUGGAGCGCGACUUCUCGACUUCCAUCAUGUCCAACUCGGCUCGCAAGUUUGAUACGUAUGUUGCUCAGGGUGUCAUGCUCAACAACUACGCCAACAUCUUCGGUCUGAUUAUGCAGAUGCGUCAGGUUGCUAAUCACCCUGAUCUGCUGCUGAAGAAGAACGCUGUUGAAGGUGCAGGCAAUGUCUACGUGUGCAACAUUUGUGAUGAGCCUGCCGAGGAUGCAGUCCGUUCUCACUGUCGUCACGAAUUCUGCCGUGCUUGCAUCAAAGACUUGAUGGAUACGUGUGAGGCUUCCGGAACCGAGGCCGACUGUCCCCGCUGUCAUAUCGCUCUGUCAAUCGACUUUGAGCAGCCGGAGCUUGAGCAAGAUGAGGACUCUGUCAAGAAGACCUCGAUCAUCAACCGCAUCAAGAUGGAGAACUGGACUUCCUCUACGAAGAUUGAGAUGCUCGUCUAUGAUCUCUAUAAGCUGCGCAGCAAGAAGCAGACGCUCAAGUCGAUUGUGUUCAGUCAGUUCACAUCAAUGUUGCAGCUCAUUGAGUGGCGUCUCCGUCGCGCAGGUUUCAACACAGUCAUGUUGGAUGGAAGCAUGACGCCUGCUCAACGCCAAAAGAGCAUUGACCACUUCAUGACGAACCCGGAUGUUGAGGUCUUCCUCGUUUCGCUCAAGGCUGGUGGUGUCGCUCUCAACUUGACGGAAGCGUCGAGAGUGUUCAUUGUCGAUCCAUGGUGGAACCCAGCUGCUGAGUGGCAAUCUGCCGAUCGUUGCCAUCGUAUCGGUCAGCGACGCCCUUGUGUCAUCACGCGUCUCUGCGUUGAAGACAGUGUAGAGUCGCGCAUGGUAGCGCUGCAAGAGAAGAAGGCAGCUAUGAUUGCUGGUACUAUCAACAACGACAAGGUUGCCAUGGAUCGCUUGAGUCCAGAGGACCUGCAGUUCUUGUUCCGCGGUACUUAG